UAUUGUGUCGUCGUUUCGAAUUAUGCACAAAAGAGGCAUCCGCAACAAUAUCAAUUUAUUGAUUGGAAAUGUUCAUACUACUCCGGAAUACCGGAAUAAAGGCUUUAUUCGGUAUAUGAUUGGUGAGACUAUUGAGAAAUAUGAGAUUCCCGGGUAUAAAUUCGGAGCAGUUGCGUCCGACAACGAAGAUGCAGACGCUUAUAUUGCCGAGCACAUUCGCCCAGACACAUACGAGUACUAUUGGACUUUAUAUUCGGGGGUGUCGGAAAUGUAUGCCAAGUUUGGCUUCAAAAGUGUACCCGAGAUGAAUUGGUUGAUCUAUGAAGAGCCAGUGUUAGACAAAUCACAUCCACCACCAUCUGGUCUAGAGCCAUACCAGGGUGUCGGGACGCAAGUGACAUUCUUAAAGACCGACUCCGACCUAUCCAACCUCAAUCAAUACUUUUCCGAUCCAGCGUACGCUUCGUAUGUGAAUUCUGAUGUGUCGCCCAUGGUGCGAAGUACGAGCUUACACCACCCAAUGGUCCACAACUUCUACGCUCGAGACGCUGUAGCUAGUGCCUAUUACGGGCGAAGCUAUAAUUACGUUGGACUAAAAAUUGCUCAUUCCGGGAUUGGCAAGCAAACAUUUGCAAUAUUCAGUGGAGCACUCGACUACUCUGGGAUUCUGGUUCAAAAGCUUUUUACCGAUUUGAGAGUGGAUAAUGAGAGCCAGCGACAACUCCUGGUCCAGGAUCUGGCCUAUGUGGUCAAGUUCUUGCGACAUGUGCACGUCGCUGACUACUCACUUCUAGAUCGUGAUUUUAUCAGCUCCAUAAAGCUGAUGCUUACUACCCAGGAUAUAUGUACGAAAGACAGAGAAACCCAUGACUAUGUUAUUAGCACGUUGGAGAAGUCAAAUUGGCGAUUGGAUACUUCUAACAGUUUCUUUCUGCCAAUGAUGAAGGACUGGGCAAAGCCUGGUAUUACUGAAGGAGUCAAGUGGAUUAACAAUGGCUUCUGGUGUUUUGGUUGAGCAAAGAUAUUGGUUUGUAAGAGUGAUGGUAAUAGAAUGACGAGUCGUCGAUCUGAUCAACAUCACUAUAGGAAUAGUUAUAGAAGCCGAUACUAGUAAUUGCCCUUCCCCUGUAAUACCUCACUAUUUAGCUAUCCGUUGAGGAGCAGAAGAAAUGGGCUCGGUUGUUCUAAGUCUUCAAGGUUGAUAUGAGGCCAUAUAUAAACCUCUCUCACUGAAAUUCUGCAGCAGUUGAGUAUGAUACAGGUUUGGGGAGAUACAGUUUCUCAAAUACUGAGGCUGGUUCGUCCAAGUCUAGAUCCAGGUCUUGAAAAUUACUCCAGCAC